AUGUUUGCUCAAAAAAUCUGGAGUCGUCGUCGUCGUCGCCGCGACGCUUCGUGCUCUUCGGGGUGAGUGAAUCCCACCCCGCGUGCACACAUGCACAUGUGUAAUGCGGAUACGUUCUGCCAACAUCUCCAUCCCUGACGGGCGGCUCCCUCCCAGCGCCAAAUGAAAUGGGAGAUGUUUUGGGCGGCCGUCUCGGUUUUCACCAUCGAACCAGUGCCUCAGUUCACCCGAAAACCGCAAUACAACUCGUGAUUCUUCGUUUUGCAGACGCCCGCUUUCGUCCGAUGUGAACGUCUUCUUCCUCGACGACGAAAUGCUGCUGAUGAGCACCUCCGCCCACAGAUUUCCUCCAGGUGAGUCCGCCCGUUUUCCGCUUCGAUUCGCAUUCUGAAUCGACGAGUUUGCAUGCUCCGUUUGCGCUGUGUCUUCCGCCGUUUCCCCUCUAAACUUGUUUUCUUUUCCACUUCUCGCAUGUACUGUUCCGCAAUGAGAUCACGCUCUGCUGAUUCGGAAGAAGAAGAACUCUGGAAAGGGUCACUGUAGGUUCGUUUCGGGUUCAGACUCAUUGAGAUCCCUACUACGGGAAGCAAAAUUUCUUCUCAGGUUCUUGAUCUUUUCCUCUUUCUGUCGCACCCUUUCAAUCCGCAGCCACACUCAUCGAAUACACGCGAAUCAGUGAAAUUCCACGCCUUCAUUGUGCACUCAUAACUGGAAGAUUACCCAGAAAGAUUAAGGAGCAAAAAGUGCGGAACAAAUUGAUGAGGCCGCCGUAGGGGGAUUAAAGGAUCGGGGGCUGUAGCCGCGGCGGCUCUUCCCUUUCACAUACCAUUCAGGCCGGAACUUUUGCUCGAAUUCCACAUUCCCACAUCCACUUUUCAUUACUACCUCGGAUGAAUGCUAAUCUGAGGAGUCUCCCCCAGAAGAGGAAGACCGCCGCGCGUUGAGCUGGCUGAAACUGUGUCGGAUAAAGUGCGAUUUUCUCUGAAAUUAUCCAAAGCCGGAGGUCGCCACUUUAUCUUAUUUGUGUGAUUCAAAACUUAUGCACUCGUUCCUCGAUUCUCCCGUCAUUUCCCGUCGCCGUAAGGAAAGGCGACGGAGUUCCAGUUCACACCCAGUCAUUGGGUCGCCAUCUAACCCCCUCGUGCCCCGGUCAUUCGAAACUGAGAAUAGGUGCGGACUGGAAACAGCGUGAGAACCGUCCGAGGUGUAGCAAAAGCAUGAAUAAAGACGGGAAACAUUUACUUUCCCAAGUUGGCUCGAUAUUUGAUGACCAACGUCGUCUGUCCGUCCAUCUGUUGCAUCGAUCCGCCUAAUUAUCACUCUCCAUGGGCACCCGUGCCGUGUCUACACUUCCGUUUUUCACCUCGCGCGGCACGCUUUCACGGGACACACUUCUGAUGAGAGAAGAACACACGCGCAGAUAUCACUGAGGCGAAAGAGGAAGUAAGUGGGCGGGCGGGCAUACUGUACGUAGACUGUAUUGAUUGAGGCCGGAUUGAUAAGGGGAUUAAACGGAUAGCGGGGGAACAAAACGGAAGGUUUCGCUUCGGAAAGAGCAUUCCAAACAAGAGAUCAGACCGUCAUAGACUGUGAAUAGUUGUGCAAUGCUCCAGCUUUCACUAGGAAAUUACUAUGAAUAUGCUUAACAGUUUAAUAUGCAGCUUAAUCUUACUCGAAACUUCUAGAAAGUACAAAAUUCCCAACGAUAACCAUAUUCUUUAGUACCAGCCGGUGUUUUUCAUAACAUUCUCCAAGUGAGUAGAACGUAAAUCCACUCAUCACUUUCACUUUCGAUGCGAGCCAACUCCCUUUCCGAUAAUUCAUUCCUGAUCAAACAAAGUGCUAGUUACUCUUCUCUUUUUCGAUGUUACCAGUUUUUGUUGUUGAAAUGCUCUGAAUAGUGCACUUUUGCCCAUUUUCCCAGAUACAUUAAACUUUUGAAUGUAUGUGCAAAAUUGGCCGUUAUCCUCUGUGUUAUCGCCGCAAAAAUACCUCGCUAUUUUGAGUUUUCCAUUCGUAAUCAGUUGGCUAAAAUGUUUUCAAAAGUGUUUCAAAGGGACAAGUUCAUAGUCCGACAGCCGCCUCCCCUUCCUUCCGAUCGUGUAAUCUGCAACUCCCUAAAUAGUGUUCAUUUCUGGCUCUCUCCCUCUCUUUCUCUUUCUCCUUCUCUCUCUUCCUGCUCAAGUUUCAUGCGAUCAUUGCCUCGGUCCGAAUGGCUCCAGACUCCUCCACCCGCAUCCCUCACACCUCGUCUCUCACCUGGGUGUUCGCAUCCGGCUGCGCUUUCUUCGUCUGUCUCCGAGUGGGCGGGGCCCGCCAAUGCGCCCGCACUCCUCCGCGACCCCACCCACUUUCUUGGCCCCACACAGCUCUUCUCUCGCUCUAUCGUGUGCGUGUGCGUGUCUUGUGAGUAGUACCAACAAGAAGCAUGGCGGCCAACAUUUGUAUGCGAAACGGUUUCGAACUAUUCUCUUCUGUCACGUCUCCAGGCACCUCGGACAUCGACCUCGGACUCUAUUGGAAGGACGCGGAACCCGACGCCAAGUACCUGUGCCUCGAUUCUCCAGUUGAACGUGAGUUUUUCUCUAAUUCUUCUUCUUAGUGUCCAAAUAUCUGAAAGAGACUAUGGGCGAUUAGGAAGGAAUGCGCCCUUGUAAGCUGCGGAUAUCCGGACAAUAUUCGGGGGAGUUGGAUUUGAAUUUGCAAACUUUUUUCUUCGUUUUCUGUCUGCUCUUUCGGUCCUUUCCCAACUUGAACUGCUUUUCUUGCUUUCCAAAGUGGAUAAGUCCUCCGGAGUCUGUGAAUAAUUGAGCAAAGUUCUGGCCUUCCGACUCCACCGAACUUUCACUUUCUAUGACUCACUCUCUCUCUCUCUCUCUCCCUCUUCUGAUAACUCAUUCGUGAUCAAACAAAGUGCUGGUUCCUUUUCUCUUUUCGCAAAAAAAAACUUCCAAUCUAAAUCUGAUGGCCUCGAAGUUGUGCCGCCGCUGAAAAAGUGUAAAACAAAACAAAAAUCCAUUAACUUUUUCGAUUUUCGAUUCUCCGUUUUCCUAAUCGUUCGCCUCCAUUCUUCUUCGCGACUUUCUUGUUUUGUGCGGCCGAUGACUCCUGGAGACUGCUCCCUCGCAGCGGCUGUAAUCGCCUUAUCUCUGUGCACAUCACAUGUACAUAUCCGGUAGCGAAGGAGGCACAUUUCAACAAGAACCUAAUCGCUCGAAUAUCGUCAACUUCCCCCCAAAUUUUCCUUCUUUUCGCAACUUUUCUUUCUUUCUGGGUCACAACUCUAUAUUUGGCAUUGAAAGGUGUACGGUAAUUGCCCGACACGACGCCGAGUAAACUUCGCCUCUUUUUUUAGUAACUUUCUUAUUUGUCGAGGCAAGACAUUUCGUUUUCCUAUUCGACGUGUUGUUCAUGACGUGGCAAAAGUGUGAAAUUGAAAUGAGCGCCCGAAAAAGAGGAAGAGAAGUAGUUUUGGCGGUUUUGGCAGUUUGCCAACGCCUUCAAAUGAGCCGUUUUAUGAGGCUUGUUAGGCCGUGACGCGGCUUCUCACUCCGAGAGCACUUUUUCGCCCCGAGAGCCCGCCCGACACCUCGCCGUGGGUAUCAUUAUCGAGUGAGCGUGAGCCGCCCCAGAACUUGGCACCCCCUAAUCUUCGAAUCAAAGCCCGACGGGUAAUUUGGCUAUGAAAAGUUAAAUGGUUCCGUUUUUCAGAACGUCAGCAGCAACCGAUGACAGUGUGUGCCGGCUGUCGAUUGGGUAAGUGAAGGGGAGCGAAAAAGGAGCGGACAAAGAGUGAUUUCAGAGAUUACGGAUCGGUACUUCUUGCGGGUCAAUCCAAAUCUGGAGUUCCAUUCGCACUGCCUAAAGGUGAGUCCCCAGUGGAUGAUCGGCUCUUCGGUAGCUCCAGUCCGACCUCAAAAGGCAACAUUUUCGCGCAUGACUUGACGCAUUGUUCGUUCUUUUAUAUUCAACAUUUUGAUGUGAGUGUGUGUGUGUAUGUCGGAUUUCCAUUUUGCAUAUUAUUCACAAGUCGCCUCCACCUCUUCCCUCCAGUAGUCGUGAAUUAUUCAGCCGUUUGAUACCUUUCAUUCCGGACCAUUGUACUUUUUGCUCUUCUCUCGCUCCCAAAGCGAAAAAGGGCGCCAAAGGGUCAAAGGCGAGGAAGAAGAAGAAGAAGAAGGGGGCGAAAUCAGAAGUGUUGACCAGGAAGAGAGGGCUCGAAUUACUGCGCAAAUUCGCGCAUUUUGUUGAUUUUUUGAGUGCGGACUUUGCGUGACCACCGGGGAAGGACUACCAUCUGUUCCCUCAGGUCAUGCGACCGACCGAUCCGAUGAAUAUGUGAGUUUUGCAGUGUGUCCAGUGCGCCCGUCCGCUCGACGAAAAUCAGACCGCAUUCGUCAGAAAUGGCCAGACAUACUGCCGGGAUGAUUACAGAAGGUAGGUCAAGAAGAAGAAGAAGAAGGGGAAGAGGAAGACAGGUGCCCUUCGCAAUUAUGUGAUCGGCCGCGGAGCACCUGCGUCGUCCUUGUCGCGGCGACCGCUUACUUCCGAGUAUUCACGAGUACAAUAGACUUUUGGGGGGCACGUGUUGACUCACUUACGAUACAUUACAAUGAAAUAAGGUAGGCGGUGGGGGUCUAUUAUCGGCGGAAACGAGGCAGCACCACGCGGGAUGCAUUUGCAUAAAAGAGGGAUAAAUUACAAUUACACGCCACUUUGACUGCACAGUUCGCCAAACUUUUGAUUACUGUAGGUGCGAGUGACGUGGCAGUUGAUACAUUGGGGAUUAGAUUAGAUCGUGGCGCAACGCAGAACUAACACUGUUUCGAGAGGGUGUCAAUCAUACACACGAAUCCAAAAGAAGCUAAUAGGAUCGGCCACACCCGUCGUUCUUUUUCGCUUCUUUUCCUGGGCUGAGCCUGAUAAUGAAAGGGGUCUGAGAUGCCGCGGAAAUGGAGCAUCCAAGCGGGAAAUGCUCGCGUAAUCACCCUCAAACCCACCGCCUUCUGACGCCUUUUCCGCUCUUCCGUCCCUUCCAAAAAGCCGCCAUCUGGAGGCAAAAGGUGUGAAAAGAGAGGAAUUGUAUCAGAAACAAACAUCCCCGCUCCUUUUCAGUCUGUUCGUCACCCGAUGUUCAAGAUGUCAGGAGGAGUUCAAGACGACUGAUUACGUGAUGAGAGCGGGCCCGCAGACGGUCUUCCACGUCAGCUGCUUCUCGUGUGUGGCCUGCGAGAAGCGACUGCAAACGGGAGAAGAGUUCCAGGUGAGCAUGUUGACCGAUCUGAUGACAUGGUUACUCAAUGUUUGACUUGUUAUUAUGUAUUAUCCUAUUCGAUUUGAUUUGCAGAUCAAGAACAACAACUUGUACUGUGGAUCAGACUGCAUUUGCGCGGAACACCCGGACGCUUCGGCGUCGGUUCCCGAGUUUGGAAAACUUCAAAACAACAACAACAACAACAACAACAACUCGAGUUCGAACUUUGACGAAGACGAAUGGGACGAGGAGAGGUCGACGUUGACUUCCCUGGACAAUAACACUUCGAGUCCUCUGGGGUAAGUGAUCACUUAUCGAGCAGCCUUUUUUGUCUUGAUUUGAAUGGUAAACGAAGUGGGUGCAGGUGGAAAGGGCUCUCUGCCACUUGACACUUACUGCCCAGCCGCUUUUCAUUUCCGGAGGUGUUUACCAACAGUGUGCUCACCUAAUCUAGAGAGCAAAUGCACCUGGCUGGCAGCAGAUUGUCUUCUCCCUUUCAUCUCUCCCGCCUAUCACACAAAACACGUGUUCCUUUGGUUGCAGGUCUCCGAAAUCGGACGGCGUCCGAACUCCUCUCUUCGGUCACCACAGCGGCGGAUCCGGCGGCUCGUCGAGCAGUUGCGGGAAGAAAAAGAAAGACAAGCAGGCGACGAGAGUGCGGACGGUGCUCAACGAGCAACAACUGAGGAUUCUGAAAGACUGCUACUCGAACAACUCGCGGCCGGACGCAACGAUAAAGGAGCGACUCGUCGAGAUGACUGGACUGAAUGCGCGAGUGAUUCGAGUGUGGUUCCAGAACAAGCGGUGCAAGGACAAAAAGCGCCAGAUCCAGAUCAACGAGACGCGGCUCAACUCCGAAAGAGUACGUUUCCCGUCCAUGAACAGUCCGCAGUUGCCCAUGUUGUACUGUGAUUCACAGCCCUCCCUCACUCUGUUCUAACUCUCUCUUCUUUCUUUCUUUCCUUUUCCAGUCCUCACUGCCUUUCCCAUCUCCUCAUUUUUUCGUUGUGAUUGUAUUCGUUCGUGAUGUAUCGGCAUGAUCGGAGUUGCCCCCGAAUAAAGCGUGCUUUCCUGUCUUUUCCAGCAGCAUCUACAGUAACCCAAUUGGUCUAAUGCAGUGUGUGCUCCUAGUCAUCGUAAUUAGUUUUGAUUGUCGUCUGCACCCUAUCACCCCGUGCCCGCUCUCUCCUCUAACUCGAUUCGUCGUCGCGUCUCCUGCAAUCCAUCAGUGUUAAUUCGGAAGCCGUCGCUUCUUCUUCUUCUUCUUCUUCUUCCUCUUCAUCUUAGGUGAGACUCCGACUUUGAGACCACCCGGGACGGAUGAGCAUUUGUUUGUUCUGCUCUCGCUCUCUCUCUCUCGCGAGGGCGCCUCUUCGGGGGAACAUCUGUCCGCUGGCCGAUGGCUCCGUGUCAAUCCAAUUUGAGAUGUCGCCAUGGUUCGGAAAGGAUCGGUCAUCAAAAACGGACGAAAACGAGUCGCCCAUAAAACCAUUUCGGAACAUCAAAUACAAGGCUUUACUACUCGUUUCUACUCUAGACCUAAUUAGGUUUUGACGCGGAAGCGCCUCACCGAUUACGCAGAUUCGAGAAGGAGAAACGAACUAAAAACAGAGGGGACUAUUGUGAAGAAGGGAGCGCAUAUCAUAUCUGAAUUGAAAGCCAAUCCGUUUUGAAAACAAUAUUCUUCUUCAUCUCAAGUGCUUCUCUUCCCUUUCCGUUCAGUCUUUCGUGGCUCGUCUCACAUUCUGAAGAGGUGACGGAAAGGAGCCGUCCAUAUGGUUGCGCACACUCGAAAUUGCCCACUAUUUCACCAACUGUUUUGAUUUUCUGCUUGUCGUGUGCCAGCCAACUAUCACAAUAACCCACUUCGGCUCUCCAAAUGUUUACUCGUUGUUCGUUUGAAUUCGGAACGUCUCCUGUUGCGAAUCGGUAGGGACCGUGUAAACUGAGCUGUUUGUCCGUGUAAUCCGCGGUGUCAUCGCCCAGAUUAUUACGUGAUUCGACACGGCCAUUAAUGGAUAAAGCCAGUCAGCAUCCUACCGUAUUCCAACUACCGUAAUCGACGCAACUCGUUCCGUUUCUCCACUUUUUGCAUGGUCAGUGAACAAAUUCGUAGUGUCAUGUCUGCCGCCGCCGUCGCCGCCGCCUCCAUUAUUAUUACAGUGUCGUCUUGAUCUAAUUAGCGCGGCGGACGACACAGAGAUGCGCAGUGCGGUAAUUCGUUAAUUACUACCAGCCGCCCUUUCUACCGUACCCGUUCUCCCUUUCACCGUGUUUGUUUUUGUCGCGCACCCGAACCAUUCAACUGGAAACAAGCCCGUCAAAACGAAUGUAUCAUUUGCAGGAGGAAGUGCUCCAGAGGGUCCGGGUCAAUGGGAUCGGGCCUCUGAUGGUCCAACCGGCCACUCCGCACAUGGACACUUCCCUCGGCGGACCCCUCGACAUUCAGCACUUUCCCCAGUGGCCGACCAGUCCGCCGCCGCCGCCGCAGUUUGGAAAUCCAAUGGUAAAAAUAAAAGAGAACAACAUAAUUCAUUUCAAUUCUUUUCAGAUGUUCAGUUCUCCGAUUGAAAUGACGCCGUUCGGAGUGAGUUCGAUCCUGGCUCCAGUUGCCCCGGCCGCCGUCGCCCAGACUUCAGAAGUGAUCGGGCCGGCAGGAGCCGCCGUCUUCCCGCACUACUCUCCGCAAGAGCACGGAUCCUUGACCGCCACGUCACACGGCCUCGCUUCUCCCUCUUCUUGCUCCGAAUGA